AUGAGCCCCUCCCCGGCGGACGUGGUUGGGCUUGCCCAGCGCAGUAACAUUGACGAUUUAUACGAUUCAAUAGUAAACUGGAAGUCUGGCACGUUACUAGGAAAAACAUCAAAGCAGGUGUCUUCAAAGUGCCUGCUCAUAGACUCAAGUAUGUCAGGGGGAAUCUCUGCUAGCAUAGCCACCAGCAGGCUACGAGCCGAGGGAAUGGGCUCCAACGACCACGCCGUACCCUUCCUUAACCAGGACUACGAGGCUCUGAGGCAGCAGUGUCUGGAGACGGGGUGUCUGUUCCAGGACCCCUCCUUCCUAGCCGAACCUCCCUCUCUGGGCUUCAAGGAACUGGCCCCCUACUCUGCCAAGACCAGGGACGUGGAAUGGAUGAGACCAACGGAGCUGACAGAUGACCCUCAGUUCAUCCUGGGAGGAGCUACCAGAACAGACAUCUGCCAGGGAGCACUGGGUGAUUGCUGGCUCCUAGCAGCCAUAGCUUCUCUAACCCUUAAUGAGAGGCUGCUCCACCGAGUGGUCCCUCAUGGUCAGUCCUUCCAAGAGGACUAUGCUGGGAUCUUCCACUUUCAGUUCUGGCAGUUUGGUGAGUGGGUGGACGUGGUGAUUGAUGACCGGCUGCCAACGAAGAAUGGAGAGCUCAUGUUCGUCCACUCGGCCGAGGGCAAUGAGUUCUGGAGCGCCCUGCUGGAGAAGGCCUACUCCAAGCUGAAUGGUUCCUACGAGGCUCUGUCUGGAGGCAGCACCACAGAAGGUUUUGAGGACUUCACCGGUGGUGUCUCUGAGAUGUACGAUCUCCGGAAGGCUCCACGGGACCUGUACAGGAUCAUCAGCAAAGCCCUGGACAGAGGCUCAUUGCUGGGCUGCUCCAUCGACAUCACCAGUGCCUUUGACAUGGAGUCAGUCACGUUCAAGAAGCUGGUGAAAGGACAUGCUUACUCAGUCACCGGCCUGAAGCAGGUGGACUACCAGGGUCAGGUGGUGAGGCUGAUCAGGGUGAGGAACCCCUGGGGACAGGUGGAGUGGACUGGGGCCUGGAGCGACAAUUCUCCUGAGUGGGAUGAGUUGGAUCCAACUGAGAGAGAGGACCUGCAUCUACAGAUGGAGGAUGGAGAGUUCUGGAUGACGUUCCAGGAGUUCCUGAGGCAGUUUUCCCGCCUGGAGAUCUGCAACCUGACGGCGGACGCUCUGAGCGAGGACGGCCUCAGCCACUGGAACACCAUCAAGUUCCACGGCAUGUGGAGGCGGGGGAGUACCGCCGGGGGCUGCCGCAACCACCCCAACACGUUCUGGAUCAACCCCCAGUAUAAGAUCACUCUGCUAGAGGAGGACGACGACCCUGAGGAUGACGAGGUGGCCUGUAGCUUCCUGGUGGCUCUGAUGCAGAAGGACAGGAGGAGGUACCGGGGACAGGGACAGGACAUGCACACCAUCGGGUUCGCCAUCUACGAGAUUCCAGAAGAGUACAAGGGCUGUCAGAACGUGCACCUAAAGAAGGACUUCUUCCUGACCCACUCAUCCUGCGCUCGCUCGGAGACCUUCAUCAACCUGAGAGAGGUCAGCAACCGUCUCAGUCUGCCUCCGGGAGAAUACCUCAUCGUCCCCUCCACCUUCGAGUCUGGCCAGGAGGCCGACUUUGUCCUGCGAGUCUUCACUGAGAAACAGUCCGAGACAGAAGAGCUUGAUGAUAUCAUAUCUGCAGACCUGGAAGAUGAGGACCACAUCAGUGAAGAUGACGUCGACGACGCUUUCAAAUCCAUGUUUGCUCAGCUUGCAGGAGAGGACAUGGAGAUAUCUGUCCGUGAGCUCAGGACCAUCCUGAACAGGGUGGUGACUAGACACAAAGACCUGAAGACAGACGGUUUCAGUAUGGAGUCCUGUAGGACCAUGGUCAAUCUCAUGGAUAAAGAUGGCAGUGCCCGUCUCGGCCUGAUAGAGUUCCAAAUCCUCUGGAAUAAGAUCAGGAAGUGGCUGGUCAUCUAUAGAGAAUAUGACAUGGACAAGUCAGGAUCCAUGAGCUCCUAUGAGAUGCGACUUGCUGUGGAGUCGGCAGGUUUUAAACUGAACAACAGGCUGAAUCAGGUCCUGGUGGCUCGCUAUGCUGAGAACGAGGCCAUAGACUUUGACAACUUCAUCUGCUGUCUGGUCAAACUGGAAGCCAUGUUUAGAUCUUUCCAGCAACUAGACAAAGAGGGAGAAGGUGUGGCUGAGAUGAACAUCACUGAGUGGCUUUAUAUGACCAUGUGUGGUUGAAGAGGACCAGUCUUAUCCCAGGAGACAGAACAGCCAAGUGCCCGGCAGAGUGUCUCUUCCAUGGGACCAUGAAGAGCUCCUAGCCUUACUGUCCUCGGCCUGAUCCUGGACUAUAGGGCUGACCUGUACUGUGCUGAUGUUGUAUUUCCCCAUUGUCCUUUCCAGCACGGCUCCAGUCACUAUGGUGACAGCAUAACCAGUUCGGUUCAGUUCGGCCCUAUAGUGUGAAUCAGUUACUCCUGCCAAUCUACACUACAGCACGCCACCUCACCCACGCCAGCUACAUUACAGCACUCCCACGCCACCUCAUCCACGCCAGCUACAUUACAGCACUCCCACGCCACCUCACCCACGCCACCUCACCCACUCCACCUCACCCACGCCACCUCCACGCCACCUCAGCCACGCCACCUCACCCACGCCACCUCAGCCAGCCAGCUACAUUACAGCACUCCCACGCCACCUCACCCACUCCACCUCACCCACGCCACCUCACCCACGCCACCUCACCCACGCCACCUCAGCCACGCCACCUCACCCACGCCACCUCACCCACGCCACCUCAGCCACGCCACCUCACCCACGCCACCUCACCCACGCCACCUCACCCACGCCACCUCAGCCACGCCACCUCACCCACGCCACCUCAGCCAGCCAGCUACAUUACAGCACACCCACGCCACCUCACCCACUCCACCUCACCCACGCCAGCUACAUUACAGCACACCCACGCCACCUCACCCACGCCAGCUACAUUACAGCACACCCACGCCACCUCACCCACGCCAGCUACAUUACAGCACUCCCACGCCACCUCACCCACUCCACCUCACCCACUCCACCUCACCCACGCCAGCUACAUUACAGCCCUCCCACGCCAGCUACAUUACAGCACUCCCACGCCAGCUACAUUACAGCCCUCCCACGCCAGCUACAUUACAGCCCUCCCACGCCAGCUACAUUACAGCACUCCCACGCCAGCUACAUUACAGCACUCCCACGCCAGCUACAUUACAGCCCUCCCAUGCCAGCUACAUUACAGCCCUCCCACGCCAGCUACAUUACAGCACUCCCACGCCACCUCAGCCAACCCCAUAUAGCUGUGAGGGUACUAUUAGCCAUGUAAUGCAGUUUGAGACCGUUCCAAGCUAAAGACCACACACCCCAUGCUACAGGGGUUACUUAGCUAUACAAAAUGUUGGAAUUGUUCAAUAGAAAACAGUCACUGUAGAACUGUAGAUAUGUCUGUAAACAGCAUGGAUCACAGUGUAACUUGUAUUGAAGACAUUAUUUGACUAUGCCCAGUAGGGGGCAGUAUUGACUAGUCUCAGAUCUGGUGUGUGGUUAUCAUGUUACUGCAGUUGUAGAAUGUUACUGUGUAUAAGGAAAUACAGUAUUUUAGUUAUUGAACUGAACACUCAAAUGUAUAACUGAUCUGGCUGAAAGUAUAGCAAAUCAUAGUUUUAUUGGUUUUAAAUAUUUCAUAUUCUGAUAUUAUUUUAGACACUGACCAAGUGGAUUGGAUUUACAAUGCAGAUUACUGGGAUGGUUGAUUUUGGGGCAGAUUAAAGGGAAGGUUGAUGGUUGAUUUUGGGGCAGAUUAAAGGGAAGAUUGAUGGUUGAUUUUGGGGCAGAUUAAAGGGAUGGUUGAUGGUUGAUUUUGGGGCAGAUUAAAGGGAUGGUUGAUGGUUGAUUUUGGGACAGAUUAAAGGGAUGGUUGAUUUUGGGGCAGAUUAAAGGGAUGGUUGAUGGUUGAUUUUUGGGGCAGAUUAAAGGGAAGGUUGAUGGUUGAUUUUGGGGCAGAUUAAAGGGAUGGUUGAUUUUGGGGCAGAUUAAAGGGAUGGUUCAUGGUUGAUUUUGGGGCAGAUUAAAGGGAUGGUUCAUGGUUGAUUUUGGGGUAUUAUUAAUCUUACCUUGAGUUGUCUAUAUGGAUUAAUUAUCACUAAAACAAAAAGGAAGCUGUGAGAGAAAGAGUCCAACAUAAUAAUGAAACCAAGCAAUGUCUACUGUCUAACAAGCUGUCUCUGCCUAUAAUGAGACACAGCUCGUUAGUGACAUUUCAUUACAUAUUUCAAAGUAGUAGAUAAAAUAUCACUUUUAUUUAUCUCUAUUAUUUCUGAUUCCAUCUAAUAUCCACAUGUUGCUGUUAGAGAAGUUCUGAUUGUGUCAGUCCUGUCUCCAAAAGUUAGUGAUUGUGAAUGUAGGGUGUGCCUUCAAUAAAGACAUGUUCAUGUUAACUAAA